CACAUAUCAAAUUUCAGCAUUGUCACGUACGUUUACAAAGUCUGGCAAAUUUCCCCGUUAUUUUCUAUAAUUUUGCUUAUCAUAGACGUCUUAUAAUUAAUUAAUCAUGUCGGGUGCAUUAUUUGGAAGUUCAGCUACCGGAGGUCGUCCAUCCAGCAAAAAUUUGGUGGAAUUUCGAGCUGGAAAAAUGGAACUGAAAGGAACGACUGUGACUUCCGACAAGAGAAAAGGCCUUGUCUACCUUCACCAGCCCGAUGAUACGCUCAUGCAUUUCUGCUGGAAAGACCGCACAUCUGGCACAGUAGUUGAUGAUCUGAUCAUAUUCCCAGAUGACUGCGAAUUCAAGCGUGUCCCACAAUGCACGACAGGAAGGGUGUACAUACUGAAGUUCAAGUCUUCUGCUCGCAAGUUCUUCUUUUGGAUGCAGGAGCCAAAGACGGAUAAGGAUGACGAGCUGUGUAAGAAGGUGAAUGAUGUGCUCAACAACCCACCUGCCCCUGGCUCCAGUGGCCUUGGAGGAGGGCGGGGCACUGGCGGUCUGCCGGCAGACUUGGGUGGACUGGGGUCUGCUCUGGGUGAAGGAGGUUUGCAGUCUAUGCUAGGUAACAUGGAUCAACAGCAGAUGAUGCAGCUCCUCAGUGGGGGAGGACUAGGGGGACUCAGCCCCCUUGGCUUGCAGAGUAUGUUGGGAGGGGCUAGAACUGGAGGUGCGUCAGAGUCAACACCAUCUAGAACCCAGUCCUCUGCUCGCCCUGCUACGUCUUCCAGCAGUAGUGUGACCCCUGCCACCACCCAAAGCUCUACUCCAGCAGCUAGGCCAUCUACCACCCCUGCUGCUGUUACUCCUGCUGCUGCUGCUGCUACCCCCACAUCUACUGCAUCUUCGGCUGCCGCUGCUGCUCCAGGUGCAUCUCCGGCCGCAGGGCAGCCGGCCAUUCAGCUGAGGGACUUGCAGAGCAUCCUCAGCUCCAUGAAUUUGCCAGGAGAAGCAGGAGCUGGACAACCAGCUGUUGACCUGAGCCAGCUGAUGACCUCAGAUGCCAUGACCCCGAUUCUAGCCAAUCAGGAGAUUCAAAAGAAGUUGAUUCCAUUCUUACCAGAGGGGGAGUCGCUACCCAAGGAUCCUGAGCAGCUACGAGCAACUCUCCAGUCCCCUCAGUUCCAACAGGCGUUGGGUAUGUUUACAGCAGCGUUCCAGUCUGGUCAGUUGGGUCCUCUCAUGGCACAGUUUGGUCUCAGCUCAGAAGCAACAGAUGCUGCUAACAGUGGAGACAUUGAGUCUUUCAGCAGGGCCCUACAAGGUGGUUCAAGCUCCAAGGACGACAAGAAAGACGACAAGAAAGACGGAGACGAUGAAGCCAUGAAUGUCGACUAGAUUCCACGUCUCAUUGUCUUAUCAAAUUAAGUCGUAGUGAAUUGUACUGAAACAGUCAGUAGUAAGAGCUUAUAUAGAAAA